UCUCCGUGUCUGGCUAACGAAACUAGAACUAGGGGAAACUGUGCCACGUCAGUUCAGAGUUGUUACAACAGAAACCCUAACCAAUAUAUAGGUUUAUUUCCUUUCCGUUGAAGUAUUUUGCUUGAUCCUACAUCUCAAUACUCUUGGUUUGUUAACUGCGGCCUCUUUCGGAGUGAAAAAUAGAACAAGUGCAGAGUUGUAGUCCUUCCUCUGCAACUGAAUUAGCUAUUGUCCUAUUUACACAGAAGCUGGGUCAACGGAAUGGAGAGCAAAUAUAACUUGAAGAGCCCAGCUGUGAAGAGACUGAUGAAGGAGGCAGCCGAACUCCGAGACCCCACAGAACAUUAUCACGCUCAGCCACUAGAGGACAACCUGUUUGAAUGGCAUUUCUCUGUGCGGGGACCACCAGACUCUGAUUUUGACGGAGGAGUCUACCACGGCAGGAUCGUCCUCCCCCCAGAGUAUCCCAUGAAGCCUCCCAGCAUCAUACUGCUAACGCCAAAUGGAAGGUUCGAGGUGGGCAAGAAAAUCUGUCUGAGCAUCUCGGGUCACCAUCCGGAGACCUGGCAACCAUCCUGGAGCAUACGGACCGCUCUAAUAGCCAUCAUCGGAUUCAUGCCGACCAAAGGAGAGGGAGCCAUUGGAUCGCUGGACUACACCCCCGAGGAGAGAAGAGCUCUGGCCAAAAAGUCUCAGGACUUCAGCUGCGAGGUGUGUGGCUGCUCCAUGCAGUCGGCGCUGCUGGCUCUCUCCCCCAACAGCACUCCCUGCCCGGAGGACGGCCAAGCCCAGCAGCUCGCACAGCAGAUCAGCUUCAAGGCUGAGGGCAGCGUAUCCAGCGAAGCCGGACCGAGCCAGGCGUCAGCCAGCCCCGCAGCCACCAGCAGCCAGGACGGAGACGACCACAACUCCUCCGCCUCCGUCUCCGUCUCAGACAGUCAAGGAAGCACGGCACACUCACAAGCCCCUGAGGCUGAGGGCUCCGCUUUGAGCAGCAGUGAGGAAGUCUCUACCUCCACCUCCUCCUCCUCUACUACGGUCCCUGCCAACAGCAGCAGCAGCACGCACUCCAUGAGUCCGCGGCAACGCCGUGCCCAGCAGCAGCAAGGCCAGCAGCAGCAGCCGCGUCGCGCCACCUUCCCAGCAUUCCCGGCGGCGGCGGCGGCGGCCCAGCCAGUGGCGGACGGCAGCCAGACGGGCUCCGCCGUGCUCAUCGUGCUGCUCACGCUCGCCCUCACCGCACUCAUCUUCCGCAGGAUCUACCUGGCCAACGACUACAGAUUUGACUACGAGUUAUAACCACUUUUGAUACACACGCGCACACACUGAGAGAGACAUGGAUAUGCAUACACACACACCACACCUAUCUGGCCAAUCAGUGACUAUAAAAUUUGACUGUGAAUUAUAACCACAUACACACACACACACACACACACACACACACACACACACACACACACACACUUACACACACACACACCUCAUGUUACUCAACCCCAGUAUACAUGACACUGCCCCCCACACAAACACACCAGCCAGACUGUUGCUGCCAGAGCAGACAGACAGGCAGACAGACAGACAGACAGGCAGACAGACAGCAUCCUCUGCCAUGUUCUCUGUACAGUAUGCAGUGCAGAGGCUGAGGCCUGGCCUAUAGAGUGGCCCACUGAUGCUGUUAACCAUGAGGGGGGUCGCCACUGGUAUUGGCACCUUUGCAUUCCUGAAGUUGUGAGGCACGUCGCUUGAUGAUGAAGCCGGGACGAUGAGUCUUUAAGAGGAACGACCACCAUUUGUAAAAAUUGGUUGCAAAUAAUAUAAUCUCUUGCCUCCACAUGAAGCAAAACAGUGCAUCAUUAUACAUGUUGGUAUAUCGGCAACAUAAAUAUCUUACCAAAUAAUGAAUUGUGUCAUAUUUAUGUAUUGCAGAUGGAUGUCACGGGAGAUUUUCUGUACGUCGCUGUUUAAGACUGACUGACAUUUUGUUUUAGUGUUUAAUUUCAGAUCCCUCGUUUUAAUUGAGAUUUUAAUGAACAUUCACUUUGUUCUUUGGUGAUGUUUCUGUAACAAAAGUUUCUUAUAUAUCUCCUUGUUGAAGUAAAUUAUUUAAAUCCUAAAACUGUGUGAAGCUGGAUUGUAUGAUU